AUGAGCGCGCAAACGAAUCCCCCGCUUGAGAAGGCGGUUGAUGCGCCGGCGAAAAACACCAGCGGGACGGAUAGCCCAUCCGAGGUUGAACUUGAGGAGAAUGCCAUUAGUGAGAAGUCGCUAUUAAGAAAGCUUGAUCUCAAGCUUUUGCCAGCAGUGGGCAUUUUGUACCUUCUCUCAUUUCUCGACCGAUCUAAUGUGGGCAACGCUCGAAUCGAAGGCCUUACUACUGAUCUCAACAUGAGUGGUAAUCAGUAUUUAACUGGUCUGACUCUGUACUUCAUCGGUUAUGUUCUCUUUGAGAUUCCAUGCAACAUCGUUCUGAAAAGGACCACUCCACGAUUCUGGCUUCCGACUCUGACUAUCGCAUGGGGCAUUGUCGCGACGCUCAUGGGAAUCGUCACCAACAUGGCCGGAUUCUUUGUCGCCCGCUUCUUCCUCGGUGUCACUGAGAGUGGUCUCUUCCCUGGAGUGGUGUACUACUUCUCGAUGUGGUACAAGCGUCGUGAGAGACAAUUCCGCAUCUCCCUCUUCUUCAGCGCUGCCUCUCUUGCCGGUGCUUUCGGCGGCAUCCUGGCAUGGGGAAUCGGUCACAUGAGAGUUGUAUGGAACAAUGGCUGGAGGUGGAUUUUCAUCUUAGAAGGUAUCGCGACUGUGGUCAUCGCGGUCGGUGCAUACUGGUUCAUCCAAAACUACCCGGACACAGCUGAAUUCGUUUCCGAUAAAGAGCGCCGCUUUAUCAGAGCCAGACUGGCCUCCGACAGCGAUGCUACGCACAACGAGAAGUUUUCAUGGAGCAAUGUGAUGGAUGCCAUCAAGGACCCGAAGUGCUGGUUGUAUGGUCUCGGCUUCCACACCAUGAGCUUGCCGCUGUACACAUUCUCCCUCUUCAUUCCUACGAUCAUUAAGAACCUCGGAUAUACUGCGGCCGUCGCCCAGCUCCUCACUAUUCCCCCUUACGCCGUCGCCUUCGUCACAACAUUGACAGUCGCGAUCUACUCUGAACGCACCGGCCGCCGCGCAUUCUUCAUUAUGGGAUCAUCAGGUGUUGCGGCAAUUGGUUAUAUUAUCCUCCUAGCCAACUCAGACCCUGCGGGCAAGCCCGGCGUCUCGUACCUUGGGACUUUCUUCGCAGCUGCGGGAAUCUACCCCGCCACCGCUCUGGUCCUCUCGUGGCCGGCCAUCAAUGUAUCCGGGCAAACAAAGCGUGCUGUAGGCAACGCUAUGCAAAUCACUAUUGGAAAUUUGGGAGCUGUGUUGGGAACCCAAUUGUAUCGCGCCAAUGAUGGUCCAAGGUAUAUUGUCGGCCACUCUUUCGCCUUGGGGUAUCUUUUGGCGAAUAUCGUCGUCUGCGGGAUCUUGUAUUUUGUCUUGAAAGGUGAGAAUAAAAGACGCGAGGCUAUUGCACCGGAAGUUCAAGCAAUUGGGAAUUUGGAGGAUUGGCCUGGUGAUAAGGAUCCCAGAUGGAGGUUUCAAUAUUAG